AUGGGGCGAGGGGCGCCCGGUCUGAGCCUCAGCGCGGUGGGGGAGCUCGCCGGGGUGGUGGUGCGCCACUUGCAGGACCGCAGGAGCCCCUAUCGGCCCUAUUUGGAGUUCCUGCACGAUCUGCACAACUACGACGCGGACACGGCGCCUGAAAUGGAUCGCCGCAUCGAUGCGCGUUUAUUAGAGGAAAUAGAUACACUCUACGCGGGGAACGUGAUGCAUGCAAAGGGCGUGCUGAAUGCCCCAUUUUUGAACAAGGAGACGCUGCGGACCGCGGAACAGCGCGUGAACUGGGUGCGCCUGCGCAACUUGCAGCGUCGCCUGGAGCAAAGCGUCCCAUAUUUUGCUGCCAAAUCCGUUGCGUGGGGAAUCUCUAUGGUCCUUUCAAGAGCAGUGGAGGAUGACGACCAUGGCCUCACACUGUUUCCAUUGAUUGACUUCUGUUCACACAGCUUCGCCCCAAAUGCCCGCCUCAUAGUAUGCAAGACGGAGCAGGAUAAUUUACAAUUCGGCGUAAAGUCCCACGAUAACUCUGUUGCCUGUGCACACCUGGUAUCUCUCAGAGAAAUCAAGGCAGGUGAUGUUAUCACCCGCUUGUUUGACCGACGUGGUGUGCAAUCCCUGGAAGACACAGAGUACUGGAAGAUGCGGUGGGGUUUUGUCCCCGCCAUGAAUAGUUGA